GCCCUUGAAUUGAAUUGAGCGAGAGAGAGAGAAAAUCACAACACAGGCAGAUAGACAGCAACAGACACGAAGCGGGGAUUUGAGAUAGGACCAAAUAGACUGAAGAGGGAGUUGGCGAUUGAAAAAGUGAGAGAGAUAGGGUCAAUACACCGGGCGAAACGGGGACAUUGAUUUGAGGAAUUUUGCGUCAAAAUCGGUUAGAAUAACUCUCUGUGUUCCCUGAGUGACGGGAAGGGAGAUAACACACACACACACACACACACCGUCCGGAGUCCGAAAAUGGAGGGCAUGGCAUAUGGAGCUGGGAAGGCUGGAGGUGCUUUCAACCCUAUAACGUUCUUCCAGCAGCCACACACCAUCCUCCGGAUCCUCUCUUGGUUUUUCUCUAUUGUGAUCUUUGGUUCUAUAGCCAACGAGGGUUACGUGAACCGACCGGACGAGGCCCAGGAGUUCUGUAUUUUCAACAGGAACCAGAAUGCGUGUAACUAUGGACUGUUCAUGGGAACCUUGGCCUUUCUCUGCUGUCUGGUCUUCCUGGCCCUGGAUGUCUACUUCCCACAGAUCAGCUCUGUCAAGGACCGCAAGAAGGCUGUACUGGCAGACGUAGGGGUUUCAGCAUUCUGGUCCUUCAUGUGGUUCGUGGGGUUCUGUUUCCUGACCAACCAAUGGCAGGUGGCGAAGCAGGAGGACAACCCCCUGAGGGAGGGAGGGGAUGCUGCUCGUGCUGCUAUCACCUUCGCCUUCUUCUCUAUAUUCACCUGGGCGGCCCAGUCCUUCUUCGGCUAUCAGAGGUCAGCUGGGGCAGACUCUGCUCUCUUCUCCCAGGACUACAUAGACCCCAGCCUGGAUGCUGGGGACCCCUACACCUCCUUCACGGCUGGGGGGACGAUCUGGGACAAGGAGCCCCUGUGGGGGGUCCUCCUAUCAGGGGAUGAACAGUGA